AUGGGUCAGAUACUGUCGAGUCCCGUUAUAGAGAAGGAGCACCACUCCGGUGUCGAUGCAAGGAGUGCGUUUGGGUUGUGUGCCAUGCAAGGGUGGAGGAUGUCCAUGGAGGAUGCGCACGUCGUGGAGUUGGACGUGCUUGGGUGCCAGAUUGCUGAGAGUGGUGAUGGUGACUUGAAGGCGGUGCCGCACUGGGCGAUGUAUGCGGUGCUUGAUGGGCACGGUGGGGCGCACGUAGCGAGGUUCUGCGGGGCGCACUUGGCAGAGAUAUUCAAGUCCGUGUACGAGAAGCGCCGGCAGAAAGGUGCGGACGCAGAUGCGCUGCAGGUGGUGCCGCUGAUGACGGAGUCCCUUAGGGAAACGUUCUUCAAAGCGGACGAGGAGCUUUUGGAGGACCCGCAGUGGCAGAACGACCACAGCGGGUGCACUGCCACUUCCGUGCUGAUCUCUAGGGACGAUAAGAUGCUCGUGUGUGCAAACGGCGGGGGACAGCAGGACCGUGCUGGCCACAUGGUAACGGCAGGCGAAACCACUGCGUUCGACCACAAACCUAGCUUGGAGAGUGAGCGUGCCAGAAUCGUCGCUGCAGACGGGUUCGUAGAGAUGGACAGGGUCAACGGGAACCUCGCAUUGUCUAGGGCCAUUGGUGACUUUGAGUUCAAGUCAAACAAGACGCUGCCCCCGGAGGAGCAGAUCGUUACUUGUUCGCCAGAUAUAAUGCAGCACCAGCUCGACUACGACGCGGACGAUUUCGUCGUGUUGGCCUGCGACGGGAUCUGGGAUUGCCUCUCCUCGCAGGAAUGUGUGGAUUUGGUAUACUACGGGAUUAAUAAGGGUGGUAUGUCCCUAAACGACAUCUCGUCCCGGAUCGUCGAUGUGUGCUGUGCGCCAACAACGGAGGGUACUGGAAUAGGGUGCGACAACGUGAGUAUCGUUAUCGUCGCAUUACUCAAGGACGGCGAGACGGAUGAAGAAUGGUUUGCCCGUAUCAGAGCCAAGAACGUCAAGAGCAACGUCUCCUUCGAAAGAAUGAGAAGAGAGAUCUUCAAGACACAUAAAUUCCCAGCGGACGACAAGGAUGUGUUUGCCAUUACGACCAAGAGAAUCGACGGAGACAACGACGGCGAUGCGAAGGCAGGAACCCGGAGUGGCACGGAGGCCACGGGCACCGAGUCCAAGUCCGCGUCAAACCUUAUCAACCUUGAGUCCAUCAGACAGCUGCUCGACACCUCGCUGCAGAUAAACCAACGGUCAGACCAAAGCAACAACGGGAAUUACUUCCAUGGAUCGGGACUUGCGGAGAUGCUUACGUCCCUCAGUCAGGCUGUCGCCGGUGAAACGACGCCCUUGAACGAAGAAGACGAAGAAGAGGACGAAGAGGCAGACAAAAUACAGGAGGUUAAGGAUAAUACGGAGAAGAACUCAAAGUCGCCAUAG